CAUCAGAUAUCGGCGGGCUAUCAGUUGUUCCGCAUCGGUCAUGGUUUCCUUCUCAACGUAGCCCUCCACAAGGUCGGCUAGCCGCUUGUCCUCCAGAAAUGUCAGGACCCGGUCCCUGUCUUCACUUCCUCCAUCAAACAUGUCCCUCUUUUGGAGCCGGAUGAUGGAGUUUUCUCUUCGAAGGCUUUUCGAUAUCUCCUUGAUCUUCGUCUCAACGACUUUUGCUCGCACAACCAGUUCCUUCGUCUUCUCGUUGCCUCCGUCAUCCGGC